ACACGCACCGCUCCCUAAAGUAGAGAUAGUUACGCACAAGGGGAGGUCGUCCGAUAUGUCAUCCUUGGGGAAGUCCGGUGUUUUUAGCGGACAUAAAAGGAACCCGGAGAAGGGCCGAACCACAGUUGAUCUGCAGCUUGACUGUGCACGGGGGACUUAACGCCGCAUCACAAUGAUUGGACUUUACCUGUGGAUCCUCAUCUGUGAGUUAUGGGAUUAAUCGAUUUACGAUGGUAGGGGUUCUUUGCGCAUCCGUUUUUUUCAGGACAGGUGCGUCGGAGGGCACGGUAUCAAAUGCAAAACUGCUUACAGGUUUGCGGAUGUUUUCCUUUCAAUCAUUUGAUGGGAUUGAUUGUUGAAAAUUGUUUACCUACAAGCGGAACCAUGUUGCAUGGCAAUAUCUUUACCAUAAUUAUUUUUAAUGUUAAACACUGUUUUGAGCUUACUACAUAAAGUUGCUCUUACAGACUUAUAAACUUCUGUUUGUAUUAGAACAAACAGCGUGCGCGCGUGAGUGCAGUCUCCCACGGUACGGUCUGACAGGUUUACGCAGGUUUAGUUCUGACCUGCAAAAUAACGCAGUGGUCAAACUGUGGUAGCUGGCCUCACGUGAUCACACAGCUACGCUAAACUAUGCAGAUAAUCCUUACUCAGUCCUCACUUCACCCAGCCGUCUCCAGGGGCGUUUUGCAGGUUUGAUUGGGAUGAUCGAUUUGCUUAUCUUGUGGCUAUACUUCUACACGAAGACACAAUUUCUAAUUUCUAACUACCCUUUGCACAUUUUUGGUAUAUCACCAGCUGCUUAAGCUUGCAUUAAACUCGUCACAAAAUAUGAAGGUUGGGCUACUGUAUAAAUUUUCCCCUGGAAAAACUUGAUCAAACCAUGUUUUUCUAGAUAACACCAAGCCUAUGUUUGUGACCAUACUGAAAAAAAGAAUUGCUUUCAUGCCACGACAAAGUAGGAGAAAUUUGAGAAUUAUAUUCACAAUUUUCGGUUUCCACCGAAAAUUACUCUGAUACUCUGUCAGAUACUCUGACAUGGUAGUUAAUUACCAGUAUGCAGAGCAAGCUAUCCUAUUCUCUGUAUCAUUCAUAAAAUAUUCAGUUUAACCUAAUAAAAUACUUCGUGCAAUUAGUUUAGAAGAAAUCUGCCUUCCAAUGUUUAGAAUAAAAGCUGAGAUGAAAGUUUUCUGUCUCCUGUUCUCUCCAGUUGGAUUUUCAAAGAUUUGCAGUGGAUAUGAAGUUAUCUGCACGGUGUCCAAGGAUUCUCCAGGGGUACUUUACAGUGUUGCAGAAUUUAAGGCAUCCGACUGUUGGUACAGCUGGGCUGACAGCAAUGUAAGUCAAACAAACUAAGUUCAGUAAUUUUACAUUUUUAAUUCUGGGAAAGACUACAGCUCUUAUAGGUGUUUGAAGCUGCACCUGUGUUUGACAUCAGAAUCAGAAUCAGAAUGCCUUUUAUUGUCAUUAUACGCAGUACAAUGAGAUUAAAGCCACCCAUAUCAGUGCAAAACAUUGGAAAAAAGAUAUAUAGAAAAUAUAGAAAAUAUGAACCGAGGUUAAUAUGAAGUAUAUACAGUGUAAACAUAUGGACCUGAGAUUCUUUUUACAGGAUAAAAUGGUACAGAUAUGCAUAAAUGUAAUAUGUAACAGUAUAAGGUAUAAAGUGCACAGUCCUGAGAUCCUAUUAACAGAAUAACUAUGGUAAAUAUACAGAAAUAGCAUAAAUGUAAUGUGCAGAUGAAUGUAUAUUGUCCAACAGUGAUUUGGAAUAUUGCACAUGUUUUAGGUAUAUAGGAAUAGAAAUAUGACACCAGAGUAAUAUGAAGUAUAUACAAUGUAAACAUAUGGACCUGAGAUAAUUUAACAGAAUAAAUAUUGUACUACGGAUAUGCAUAAAUGUAGUAAGCAACAGUAUAAAAUAUAAAGUGCACAGUCCUGAGAUUCCUGUUUACAGAAUAAAUACGGUAAAUAUACAGAAAUAACAUAAAUGUAAUGUGCAGAAAAAUGUAUAUUGUCCAUCAGUGUUUGGAAUAUUGCACAUGUUUUAGGUAUUGCACAAAGGGAAGUCAGUGCAUGUUGGAGUUCAGCGUGGUUACGGCUUUUGGAAAGAAGCUGUUUUUGAGUCUGUUUGUCCUGGCCUUGAGUCAAGAAAUGUCAAGGCAGUGAUUGUUUUGAAGAUAAUUGGACUCUGAAGGUCUGAAUCUGUCAGUCUUAACCAGUUUGUUGAGAUUGCCCAACUUCAUUAAUUCUGUCCUGAUUUAAAAUUUCAUUAACAAUGUAAGUGCUACAUUGAGAUGUUCAUGUCCAUAUUAUUUCUUAACAACUGGGUGUGAUUUGCAAUGUAGCCUCCAGCUCUCAAAACUCCAGCUAUCCAAUUUUUUUUAGUGGGUGUGGUAAUUCAGAAUUGUUUACUAAUACCAGACUUUACUCAGAUUACUCUUGUUGCUGUCGCUACCCAUCCUCUUAUUUCUGAUGACAGAAGAAGAUAAUGGUUUCUUUUGGUUUUGUUUUAAGAGCGGGUCGUUGGAUCACAAAUUAGAGCAGUGCACAGUUUGGUGUCACUAUCAACAUCUCCCUGUAUUUAAGAUACUAUUUAUUCUUUUGAAUUUUUGAUUUAAGUGGGAAACUGUUUGUUUUGGUCGUGAACUAAAGAGGAAUCAAAGUUCACAGUUUGUGUGACUAUUCAACCCGAAAAAGAAAAAUCAUAAUUUUACAAGUUCAUCAAAUUCACACAUUCAUUGAUUAAAAAUAAAAAUAGGCUGAGGCUUACAGCUUAUUUCUUCAAAUCCUAUACAAACAGAUAUAUCCCAUAUUGGAUAUUUUUCAAGUUAAAUUAAUUCAGGGAAAACUUGGAUGUAUUGCAUGCAGGCAGACAAUCAUUCAGGUACUGAUGAUUUUAUUGCCUUUCAUUUGUCAAAUUCAGCACACAGUGUUGGCCAAUCACCGUGGGAAGAUUGAGGAGCUGGUAGAGAGGAAGAGCAACCGGACACUUCUCCUCAAGAAGUGCAAGGUUCUCAUCUACUACUCAAGAAACUGCCUCUCUGAGGUAUGUAACUUUAAAUGCACUCUGGGCAACAUCACAUGAAAUAUUCUUAACAAAGAUAUAAAUUAAAGCUAUGGAUUCUUCGAUUGAUCUGAGACAAACUGUUCCUGACUAAAUGUUUAAUUUUUUGCCUGCUUGUUGUCCUUGUACAGGGAGGACCACGCAGAGGGAAGUGCACCAGUGAGUGUUAUGACCUGUUAGACUUUGCUGAAUAUGCAAGUGCCAUUUUACAUUGAAGUCUUUUCAAGUGACACUGUUCAAGAUGUCUCCAAUGAUUUGGCCUCUGAACUUUCUCCAAUUGCAGCUUCUUGCACCAUAGAAGAAGCUGGGAUAAAAAGAGGUAGGGACUGCAUGAAAUCUGAAUAACCACUCUGUACUCUUAACUCUUUUUUUGGUGGCACCAAAGCCCAAGAAGUACUUAUUUAGAAAUUUUCUCAUGUGACUAAACUUCUUGCUUAUUGUCAAAAAUGAAAAAUUUUCAUUUGUGAAUACCAGAAAGCCUUGAGUCACUAGGGAGUAUUCCUUCUAUCUUUUUUAAAUCACAAUUUGUUUAUUGACUUUUUUCAUUUUUAUGAACAUGCAUUCACAGACAUAUCAAUACAGCACACAAAGAACAGGAACCCUUUAACCCCUCUCCCCUCCCUCAAUAAGAUUUAUGGUAGAAAUGUACACACAAGUAUGAGUAUGCAGAUACACAUUUCACGUACCUCAAGUCUAUAAUCUGGUCCUCGUCUUCAUUUCCGCAUUACACAAUACCAACGCUUCAGACAUGGAACUAGUUGCAAGCCAUUGAGAGAUUAUGAAGUCAGUGAUAACUAUCCUUGUCCAGGACCAGGCACUUGCCCGUUGAGGUUAUUCAUAAAGGAUAAGAAAGAGGACCACAUCCUGUUGAAGUCCUCAAUUUUUCCUUUUGCCAUGUAACUCAGUUUUCCCAGUUUUCCAGGUUAGAUGCCAUUUCUGUAAUCCAUCGACCAGCGGUGGGUCCCUGGGUCUCCUUCCAUGCUAAAGCAACCACUUGUUUGGCUUGUAAUAGACAGAAAUUAAUUAGUUUGCCUUCCUUCACAGUCGCUGCAAAAUCCUCAGGGUAUAUGUGUAACAAACAUAAUUUAGCCUUAGCUAUAAAUAUUUUUUUCUGUCAGAUAGGAGAUCAAAUCUAGAACCUCUUUCCAAAAUAACUUCAAUUUAUGACAGCUCCGCAUACAAUGAACAGUGUACCAACUUCUUCCAUACAUUUGAUACAACAGUCAGGAAUAUUAGGAUUGAAGUGGUGUAGUUUAACAGGCAUGAUGUAGGUCCUAAGCAACCAUUUAUACUGUAGGAGUUUGCAUCUCGUUUUUAUAGUUUGAGUUUGGGUUAGAAGACACGCCUUCUCCCAGUCUUCUACACUUAUGGUCGACUCAAGAUCCUUCCCCCAUGCCGAUAGAUGAGAGAGAGAGUUUAGUACACCGUAAAAGAUGAAUAUUUGACCCCUGCCCUGUAAGUGGUUCACCAUAAGAUGUUCAAUGAUAGAUAAUGACUUUUCCAAAAUAGCUAAACCUUCUAUCUGUGGUGGUUUUGCUGUUGACAUUACACACCCCUCUGCAUAGUUGUUGUUUUUUUUAAGGAGAAGAGACAUGACAACAUUUCUCACAAAAAUAGUCCCACACUAAAUCAUCUGCCAGUUGAAUAUCGUUACACGGAUACGGGGAAUUACCUUUUUGAAAGUCAGAGCUCCACCCUUGAGAACAGGGAUGGAAGGAUGAUUCUUCUCAUGCAUACUGCCAUCAAGACUACACCAAAAGUUGUGGGAAUCAGACUUGUGACGUUACCAGGCUACCUGCACAAACAAUCAAAUUGUCAACAAACUGCAACAUGACAUACUGUUGGCAGAAGGCCACCAAACCGGUCUCUCUUAUCUUACUUAUGCCCUGAACUACUUUUGUGUUCAAUAAACUUAGAUUGUGAUCAGACUGAACAUCAGGCUCAUUUAAGGUGUGGUCCAAAACAGACUCAAGUAGAUUUUUAGCACACCCCAGGGUGUGUGAAUAUAGGUGAAGACAAGUUUGCAUGACCGGGUAGGUCUUGGGAAAAACUUCUGCUUCACUCAAAUACAUAGACUUGCAUUGAGAAGUAAACACCUGGGGGGAAAAGACAGACAAAAACUUGUCUGAGUUUGUAGGAAUUCUAAUAAUAGUCAGAGGCUGAGCUCUACUUAGGCAGAUAAACACAAGGUUCUCAUGCAUAGUUUUCCCUUUCACCUUUAAGGAAAUUUAUAUCUUGAUGAGAAACUAUUCAGUAUUAACACACAGCAGAGACCAAGCAUCUGAAAUAUGGAUGCAAAUGCAACUCAGAAAAACAAAAGCUUUAUUAAUCCCAGGUAACAACCCUGGGAAAAAAAGUUAAAAAUAAUGUGAGAAGAAAAUAAAAAUAAAAAUCUGGGCCUUUCACAAACUCAACAAGGCAAGUCCAUUUAUGAAGCAUCGCCUGCAUGCAGAACAGUUUAUGGUGCUUUACAGGUUCAAAGACAAAACAUCAAUUUGGAAGCAUUACAGGAGAUAUUGCAUUAAGCAGAAAUAACAAAUUAGUGCAUAAAGAUAAAGAAAGGAAUACUAUGAAAUGAACAGUAAAAUCCCCAAUAUGGGGUAUUAUCGAUAAGUAAUCUGCUUUGAUUUCCAUGCAAUAUCAUCCUUUACACAAAUGUACUGACCUUUCAAACAAUUAAGAUCUGUGAGAUACUUGGAAAGUCCCAAAUUGCCCAUGCUCUGUGAAAUAUUUUUAAUGUUUAAGGGGAGGGGGCACAGAAAGUUAUGGCUUUUUCAUCUAUAACCUUUUUCAACUUAAAAGCCUGACUCAGAUCUCAAGCUCAUCUUUCUGGUCGAUGACACAGCACCAAACAAAACAGGAACAUUUAAAGUUCUUCCUCACCUGACUGUAGCUGAUGGUGACCAUGGCAUAACAUGCUAAUUAGUAGUAAGUAAGAAAUAUAGAGUCACUAAAGAAAGCAAAAGAAAAAUGCUGUAUCUGAAAUGGGUGUGUGCCUUUUGUACUGAAAUGAUAGAAAUUUACAAUAAAAAGUUGGUGGAGUGGGGGUCGAAUGAGGGGAAACAACUCCAAAAUACUGAUAUUCGCUGACUUAUGUUAGUCAAAUAGCAAGAAGUUUUUCAGGAUAAAAAUGACUCACAUCUCCAGCUCAUCUUUCUGGCAGAUGACAAAGCACCAAACAAAAAACAGGAACAUUCUUCCUUAUCUGAUCAUAACCGAUGGUCCUCAUGGCAUGCUUAUUAGUGAUUAGUCAGGAACACAGAGUCACAACAGAAAGCAAAAGAAACAUGCUGUACCUGAAAUGGGUGUGUACUUCUUGUACUGAAAAGGUAAAAUUGUUCAAUAAUAGUGUUGUAUGGAGAUAUAUUUUGUUGCCUAAAGCUCCCAAUUUAACUCUUGGCAUAAACAGGUUUUAACAGUAUAAAUGGCACACUGUUAAAAACCUCCUUUUAGUAGCCUUUGGCAAUGCAUCUUAGACUUUUAAAGGCAACUUUUGUAAUAUUAGAGCUACUGAAGGUGCUAUUGAUAAUAAAACGUUUUUCUUUUUACAGCCAGUCAUCAAUUCCAGCCAAACUGGACUGCGAUUUCUUUGGCCAUUUCUUUUGCAUUGUUGGUGCUGGUUGGACUUGCCCUGUGCUUCGUUUUCCGAGAUCGUCUUUGCCGGUAUUUUUUCUUAAUGGCAUUUACAAAAUAACACUUACUCCACCCAUCUUGAACAUGCUUUGAUUCACUUCUUUUUUUAUGAUAUAGCGGCCCAAGUUGCUUCUACUCUCCAGUGAAAAGGCAGGACACUCGAGAGAGGAGGGCAAGCAUGGAUUUAGGAAUACCUUUCUAAGGUGGGGAGGGUUCCUUCAAAUCAAAUUCCACAUUCAGUGUAACUGUAACAGAAAACCCUACUGUUUUAUCCCACCUGCACUGGCUACAUCCUGUUCUUGUUUUGUUUUGUUUGAUUUUCAACUGAUCUUCAAGACUUGAUCCCUGAUCCCUUUUAUUUGUUUUUAUUUGUGUUCAGGCUCCAGACUAAAAUGACAGUGUCUGUUCUGUGAGUGCCUGCACUGAGUAGGAAAUAAGAACUGCAGCUAAGCAAAGAGAAAAGUUACAUUUUUAGAAACCCUCCCCUAAAACACACCGUUAUUAACAAACUCCGGUCUCAGUCAUAUUUUGGUACCAUUUUUUUCCAUGAUAUUUCACUCUACACCUAUUCUGUUAAUUGCUGAGUGUUACUUUACUUUCGGUUUUCUUGUAAUCUGUACUUACAUACUUUACAUGUAACUGGUCAUUUUUGUGUGUGGUUGGUUUACUGUAUUGUUACAUAAUAGUUUACCUGAAUACCUAUUAGUGCAUCUAAGAUAUAAAGAUGUAAAAUUUAGAGUACUUCAAAAGUGUUUUAUUACAAGCAGUGUGGUUUUACAUGGGGCUUUUAUAGUAUGGCAUAGUAAGUUAGGCAAACAAUGUAUCUUAACCGUUUUAUACUAUUUUACAUAUUAUAUACUGUAUAUAUUAUAUUAUUUUAAUGUGUCUGUAAUCUCCGAGAAGUUAACUUUUGGUUGUUUGUACCAUCACCGAUCAGCAAAUCUCCUUGAAAGAGCAUAGUUAAGCAAACACUUAUCAAACUAUAAAGUCCUGCUCUUUUCUUAGUUGCUUUGUUGAUUGUUUUACCCUUGCCAAACAUUUUGGGUCAUAUCUGGAGCCAGUUUUUGUCAUUUUGGAUACAGAAAUACUUGGUAGCUCAUUUUGACAACUUAGCUUCAUGGCAACAUUGGAGGAGGCUUCCUGAGGUACUAGAGCACUGGAAGCCCCAAUGAGACAGUAACUGAAGUGAAGGAGUUCAGGCAGCAAACACCAGUUUGAGAAAAGCAAAGAAGUACUGUGGUUUAAAUCAUGUAAAGCUGCUUACAAAGCCAUUCAAGGGUCAAAAUUAAGCUCAGUAGUGAGUAUAAUACCCUCUCUUCAAGUCAAACAAAAGACAAGGAUGUUAAUUUCUGUGCACAAGCUUGCCAGCUUUCUAAAUUUUGAAUUAUAAUAUGAGAGAAGAGUUGUAGAAUUUUACCCUGGUUUCUGCAGCAGCUACAUCUUUUUCCUUAUGGGUAUUUCUUCUGCCUCUUCAGGUGUAGGGAAAGGUUGUGGAUGAGAAAAAUAUGUAAAGAGGUCAGAACUAAGAGUACAAGUGGCAUGCAUCAGAAGGCCUGAGCGUGAAUAAGAACUUGGCCCUGCAUAAGUAUGUUGUAGGACACCGCUUGAGUAUCCAAACAGAAGAAAACAACAUUAGUAAAAGCCUAACCUUGGUUGAUGAAAUAACAACAGUAAGGCCUAUCCUACUCUUCAUUAUUUUCAGUACAGGGCCUUUUUUUCCAGCCAGCAGUGAGGAGUGCCCUGUAAAGGAGGCAGACAGUGUUUUUCCUGUUAGAUCCAUGGUUACAUUUACACAGUAAAUAGUGUCCUGUUAAUGUUUUUGUUUUUUGGUCCUUCUGCAAGGCCCAGAAGUGAUAAAGUAACUGACAAAAGGGUUGGCUUUAUGCAGCACAUGUUAAUAUAUACAGUAUUUAUAUACGCCACAAUGUACAGGGUGUGGGUGUUGCUUUUCAGCAUGAGGUGAGGUGAUAGGUGAAAGCAGAGCAAAUAACUAGUCAUUUCGUUUUGUUUUUUAGUCUAAAACUUAAAUCUUUCUUUUAACUUUGUACCUUAUGAAAUGUUUAUUUUUAUAAUAUAUUUUGUAUAAUUUACUUUAUAAGGACCUCUUUCUGUGAUUUUCUUUGUUGUUUAAGAUUAAACUCCACGUUUCAGAAAAAAA